CUGUUCAAACUGGUGGGUAUGGGGGGCGGGGGAGUAAUAUAACUGUAACAAUGGCAUGACAGUGGAAUAAUAGCGACGUAGGGUGCUUUAGUUUGUGUCGGUGCUGUUAAAAAAAAGGACACGUACUGCCGAUUGGAACUUUUUUUAACGGUCAGUCUUUGUCUAAAACACACACACACAAACAGUAGUGCACACGCCUCAUUUAUUUUCAAGUUUGGUUGUGCUGGCUGUACUGUAUUUAUGGCUGGAGAAGAGGAAGCAAAGCGGUUUGACUGCCAAAUUUGGUAACCAGACAGAAGACUAUGCCAGUUGCAUUUAUUUUGAAAGGGAGCGCAGUCGGAGCGGUCUGGUGGUAUUGAUGCGCCGCGGGGGGAGGAUUAUAUGGUCUGCUUGGUGGAAAGUGAGCGGUUAUAAUGUUGAGUUGCAAAUUAUGGCAAAUGGAACAGGCACAAUUAUGUUGAAAUGUGUGGUGGUUGGGGACGGCGCUGUGGGCAAAACUUGCCUGCUAAUGAGCUAUGCCAACGACGCCUUUCCCGAGGAGUACGUACCCACCGUGUUCGAUCAUUAUGCUGUCAGUGUCACAGUUGGGGGAAAGCAAUAUCUUUUGGGACUUUAUGACACAGCGGGACAGGAGGACUAUGACCGCCUGAGGCCUCUCUCCUACCCCAUGACGGAUGUGUUCCUUAUCUGCUUCUCGGUAGUAAACCCGGCCUCGUUCCAGAACGUCAGGGAGGAGUGGGUGCCAGAGCUAAAGGAGUACGCGCCCAACGUCCCCUUCCUCUUGAUUGGAACUCAGAUUGACCUCUGUGAUGACCCCAAAACAAUAGCAAAACUGAACGAUAUGAAAGAGAAGCCCAUAGGCAUGGAGCAAGGGCAGAAACUGGCCAAGGAGGUUGGAGCCUGCUGCUACAUGGAGUGCUCAGCUUUAACACAGAAAGGCCUGAAGACUGUAUUUGACGAAGCCAUCAUCGCUAUCCUGACCCCAAAGAAAAAUGCUCUGAAAAAGAGACUGGGCUCCACAUGCAUAAACUGCUGCUUGAUUACGUGAGGAAUGAAAAGAAAACGAGACAGAGGAGGGCACAAGAAGCCUGGAUGUGCCAAACAGGGUCUUUGUGGUAUCAGUGAAUGGUGCUG